AUGGGUGCUACGUUGACCCGGAUGGUACCUCAGGUGGACUUGCUCUUUGGUGGUCUGAUGAGAUUGGAAUUUUGGAAUAGUUUGAAGAUGGUUGCUAGAGAGAAUAUUUAUCCAUGGCUGUGUGUUGGAGACCUUAAUGAUUGUGGAUCCCAAGCUGAAAAGCAAGGUGGAAACCCAUGCAGCAGGGGUAGACUGGAUCAAUUUCAUAGUAUGAUUUCAGAGUGUGAAUUUAUGGAUCUAGAAUUCAAGGGGCCUUGCUAUACUUGGUCUAACAAUCAAGGAGGGGAGAAUAACAUCCGUAUUCGUUUAGAUAGAGCUUUGGCUUCUGUGGCUUGGCGCAAUUUAUUUCCUCUUUCGCAAGUCAUGCAUGAACUCCGGGUGGGCUCGGAUCAUUGCCCUCUUCUGAUCAAAUGUAGUGUUCCUUUAAAGAAAGUUCCUUUUAAUUUUAAGUUUGAAUCGAAGUGGACUACCCAUUCGGAUUGUGGGCAAGUGGUUACCAGGGCAUGGGACUUUCAUCAAGGAGGCUCUGAUUUAUUUGGUUUAGUUCAAAAAUUAAAGAAAUGCAAAGCAGCUUUGUUGGAAUGGAGCAGGCAGGUUUUUGGCAAAGAUAAGUUGAAGUUGAAGCUUUUACAGAGUAAUCUCAAAGCUAUUCAAAUUCUCCCUUUUUCACAGGAAAAUUUUCUUAGAGAAAAGGAGAUUUUGAAGGAGAUUGAGAUUCUUUCAUUGCGAGAGGAGAUGGCUCUUCAUCAACGGUCUAGAGUGAAUUGGCUUUCUUACGGAGAUAAAAAUUCUGCGUUUUUUCAUGCUACUAUCAACCAGAGGAGGCAACGUAAUCAAAUUUUGAUGCUUAAAUCUGAUAGAGGAGACUGGAUCCAGGAUGAGGAUGGUAUUAAUGGCUUAAUCUCUGAAUAUUUCUCAAAUUUGUUCGACCGUUCAGGAAUUAGAGAGUUUUCAGAUGUGCUUUAUGUGGUGGAUAGAUGUAUUACAGACGAGAUGAAUCGUGAUUUGGUAAGAGAAGUGUCAGUGGAGGAGAUUAAACAUGCUGCAUUCGAAUUGGGUUCCCUUAAAGCUCCGGGACCGGAUGGAUAUCCGGGAUUUUUCUUUCAGACCUAUUGGGGUAAGGUAGGGGAAGGAGUGUGUAAGGCAGUGAAGCGUUUCUUUUCUAAUGGGUUCAUGUUGAAGGAGUUAAAUAAUACUAAUAUAGUUCUGAUUCCCAAGGUUAUGUUUCCUGAAUCAUUGGGUCAGUUCAGACCGAUUAGCUUAUGCAACUUCUCCAUGAAAGUGAUUUCUAAGGUGAUGGCUAAUAGGCUUAAGAGUAUUCUUAUAAAGGUUAUCACCCCAAACCAGUCUGCUUUUGUACCUGGCAGGAUGAUUCAGGAUAAUGUUAUAGUGGCUCAUGAGGCGUUCCAUUUUCUGAAGAUGAAGAAGAAAGGGCAGGAUGGGUUUAUGGCUGUCAAGUUAGACUUCAAUAAAGCAUAUGAUAGGGUGGAAUGGGAUUUUGUGGAAGCAUUGCUGGUAAAGAUGGGAUUUCAUCAAAAGUGGGUUCAGUGGGUGGUUCAGUGCAUCUCAACUGUCAGUUUUAAUGUGUGCAUUAAUGGAGAAGCUAGAGUGAAGAUCAGGCCAAGAAGGGGAAUUCGUCAAGGAGAUCCUUUAUCCCCCUAUUUAUUUGUCAUUGUGAAAGAUGUGUUGUCCCGAUUGCUUUCAAAGGCCUGCAGGAACAAAGCUCUUGUGGGGAUCAAGAUGGCGCGUAACUGCCCUCAAUUGUCUCAUGUUUUCUUCGCAGAUGAUGCCAUUCUUUUCCUCAAAGCAGAAAUGCAGUAUUGUAAAGCUCUUAAGGCUAUUCUGAAGAAUUAUGGUAUGGCAUCAGGACAAAGGAUCAAUUUUGAUAAGUCAGGUAUUGCAUUCUCUUCUAAUUUAAAUGCAAAUGAUAAACAAUUGGUCUGUGAUUUUUUUGAUAUUCCUUCGAUGAAACUGGACUCCAAAUAUUUGGGGCUGCCCUCCUUUUGGGGCAAAUCCAAAGCUGAUGCCUAUCUUUAUCUUGUGGAACGUGCUCUUUAUAAAAUGCAAGGUUGGAAGUGCUCCCAAAUGUCUCAAGGGGGCAAAGAAAUUAUGAUUAAGUCUGUGGUCCAAGCAAUUCCUAGUUAUGCCAUGUCUUGCUUUCUUCUACCAAAGAGUAUCUGUGAUAAGCUCAAUUCGAUAGUCUCCAACUUUUGGUGGAAAGGGGAUCCAGAGAAGAAAGGCAUACAUUGGAAGAGUUGGGAGUGUAUGACUCGUCCUAAGGAGGAAGGGGGGAUGGGAUUCAGAAAUUUCAGAGCAAUGAAUGAAGCUCUUCUAGCUCGUCAAAGCUGGAGGUUGCUUAAGAAUCCAAAUGCUUAUUGGGCAAAAAUUCUUAAGGGUCUUUAUUUCCCUAACAGUUCGUUUCUUGAGGCAGUUAAGGGGAGUAGAGCCUCUUGGUUCAAAGUAGCCACUCAGAAGCCUGUGGGAAGUAGCAUCGAAUGGGUAGCAGACAUCAUUGAUAAAGAGAGGGGUUGUUGGAAAAAGGAGAGACUAAAUUUGGUGGUCUCUGCUGAAGAAAUUCAGGCCAUUACUUCUAUCCCUAUUUCCUUAUUUCUUAGGGAAGAUGUUCUGGUUUGGCAUUUUUCUUCUACUGGUGUUUAUACAGUAAAAUCAGGUUACAGAGUUGCUUAUCAAGCUCUUUUUCCUCUUAGUAGUAUUCCCUCGUCUUCUUUUGUUCCUAAUAAAAAUAUGUGGGAUAUUAUUUGGAAAUUGGACAUUCCUCAUAAGAUGCGACAUUUUUGGUGGAGAGCGUGUAGUAAUAGCCUUGCUACUAAGGAAAAUCUGGUUCGUAGAAGGUGUGGUGUAUCAAAAGUCUGUCCUAUUUGUGGGGAUACGGAUGAAGCAAUUGAACAUCUGAUUUUUAAUUGCCAAUGGGUUCGAGCAGUGUGGUUUGGUUGUAAUAUCCAUCUUAAUCUAAAUCAGGAGAACUCUUCUUCGAUUCAGAGGUGGACGUCUCAGGUUGUGGAAAAUUUGAAAGGAAAAGAGUUAUGUCAAUUCUUAGAAAUUAGGAUCCCACCUAGUAUCCAUAUGGAUAACCCUUCUUUUGAGGACAGUUAUUCUCAUUGGAGGGCUCCGGAUCAGGGAUGUUACAAGUUCAAUUGCGAUGCUGCAGUAAUGAGCCAAAGGGGAGAAGCAGCGGUUGUCUCAGUUCUGCGGGAUUGGAAAGGAGAUCUAGUGGAUGGCAGAGUUGGUAGAACAUCGGUAACCAGUCCGCUACAGGGAGAACUGCUUGCUAUUCGGCUGGCUUGCGAAAUGGCUGGAGCUCUUGGGAUUUCUAAUGCUUGCAUUGAAUCGGAUAACCAACAAGCUAUCAAGUUAAGUGUGUCUGAGUUGGUUCCGCCUUGGGAAGUGAUGUCUUUGGUAUCGGAUAUCAGGCAGUUUAGGCAAUAUGUUGGGCUGAGUUUUUCUUGGGUGAAGAGGACUGGUAAUCAGCUAGCUCAUUUUGUAGCCACUAAGGCAAUUAGGAAUUUGCUUCCUUUAAAUUGGGUGGCUGCGCCCCCGUCGUUUAUUUCUUCUGUUGUUAGCAGAGAGUCUCCUCCUUUUCUGUAG